GUGGCGGACGUCGAGCGGUAAAGGGGCGCGCAGUUUGAAAUCCCAGAGAGAAAGCAUGAGUUUGAAUUGCUUCGCGCUGAAGUCGCUGCGAAAGUGAAUGCACUUGGCGUCUUCAGACUCAGUUUCGGGUUCCAGCUCUGAUUCUGAUUCAUCGGCGACCGGUCUUUGUUCGCGCGAAUGUGUGCCAGCCCGGCUGUGGGCGUGUCCGCCCCCUACUCAGCCCCCUACUCAGCCGCCUUUCCCGCCGCCCGGUGAAGUGAAGUGCCGAAGAGUGGAGUGCAAGAACGCCCCCCGUUUCGCGAAAGUGUUCUGCGAAAUCCAGUGAGAGACGGCUGUGAGUGCAAUGUGUCCUUUAUAAAUCAGGGAAAAUCACAUUUUAAAUUGCUGCGCAUUAGGACGGAUACAGAUACAAAGGCAGGGCCGCAAGAAGGCAGCCAGGCAAGAUCGAAAGUCAAACGCCGUCAAACGUUGAUUGCGUCGUCGUCUAUCCACGAAACGUGAAAAAUGAAAAGGAACGAAGGCGAACGUGAAGGAUUUGACUGAUGUGAAUGGAGGGAAGGAUGUGACCUGGCCGGAGCCUCCGAAAGGUGGCACGUGCUAUUGUCUGGCCCCAUCUAUUUCAAUUCGAUUAUAUUGACGAGUAUAUGAUGUAAUAUAUGGAAGAGUAAUCUGAUUAGAGGCAGGCUUAUCCCUGCACUCAGAAGCCGUGCUCCCCCAUAGACUUUAAAACUCAUUAAUGUGCAAAGACGCCAAUCCCCUGGUCUUGGUAUCAUUAGACGGCAUAAGGCGGAAAACAAGCAGGGGAAGGCGGGGCUGGUGCUAACAACGACGCUGUCGAAUCAGUAGAAGUGUUGAAACAGGUGCCAGACUUGGCCAAGAUACUGGAUAGCAGUUCUAAAAAAACAAAGAAAACAAUGAAAACGAAAAGGAUUUCACGCUUGGCAACGCACAGCAUUCAGCAGAAGUAUCACAUAUCCCGACAGGGGCAACGUUUAUUAAUUGAGUGGAAUUCGGCAAAACCUGGCUGCUGCGGUUGGCUUUGCCAAAUAAAGCAAGGAGCAAGUUAAAACAUACGUUCUCUGCGGCUGACUCGGUGAAAUAGAAACAAAAAUCCUGCCCAGGGCGGAAAAAGACAGUCACGUCCGUACUACUACGGCCCCUCCUGCGGGGAAAUGUGGUAUGCAAAUUCAACCGAGAAGACUUCAUAAAAGCAAUGCAAAUAAUUAAAUAACAGAGAGAGCAAACAGCACGGAGCAGCAGCCUGACAUGCUACUUGAGCUGGCGAAACUUGGAUUAACCAGCUGCGAGGAAAUAAAUACGAGAUACGAAACGCCAAAUCCGAGAUCCGCAAUCCGAAAGCAAAUCCCAAAGCAAUCCAAGUUCCGCCCAGGUGCGAACGCCGACAGACGCCCUCGCCCAAUAAAAUGUCCUGGCGGGAGAAGGAGAAGCAGUGCUGCGCAGGACGAGGGGCCUUCCUGGCCGGGAGCAGUCCGGGCACUGCCGGCAUACUGUUGGCGUUUCUGGCAGCUGUCAGCUUUCGUGGCAUGCGAGCGCCGCUGGCAGCCACGGCCACUCCGAUGGAGAACGCAUCGCUAAUUGCCCCGCCGGCGACGGGGUCAACCACAAUGGCGGUGGGCUCGGGCCCAGGGUCCUCGGAAUCCCCUGUGCUGAUGCUGGGCGACGCCCGACUGGAGAGGGAGGAGGACACCACGGCGAUGGAUUCUUGGAGCGACAGGCCUGACACUGCCACGCUGACAAGGGGGUUUUCGAUUCCCACGUAUUUGCCGCCCUUUCCGGAGUUCAUCCCCGCCGACCUGCCGCACCUGCAGCGGAAUGCCUCGUCCCGAGCUGCACAUCCCGCGGAGAACGGUCCAUCCGGCAGUCCGGCGCCCCCUAACGAGCAAUCCCGUCUGCACGCCUACGACAGCGAACAAAAGGCCCAGCAGCUGCGGCGCGAGAAGGAGCUGGCCAAGGAGCGGGAGCUCCUGCCCCGCCGCCUGCUCAGCCUGCCCCCGCUGAACGCGACCGUCCAAGCUGGCCAGCACGCCUAUCUUCCCUGCAAGCUCAACCAGCACUCCGGUAAACCGCUCUCCUGGAUUCGUUUGCGGGAUGAACAUAUCAUUGCGGUGGAUCACACAACCUUCAUCAACGAUGCCCGCUUCGCAUCGCUGCUCCAGUCGUCCACCUCGACGACAAUUGUAUCAGGGGCUGCUCCCGCGUCCUCGGUGACCGCCUCGGUUGCCCUGGGCAACAGCUCCGCCCAGGCUGGUGUGGGAGGUCAUGAGAGGGCCAACGGCAGCAGCCUUAGCUGGACGCUGCAAAUCAAAUACGUGAAGCUCGAGGACGCCGGUUGGUACGAGUGCCAGCUGGCAACGGAGCCAAAAAUGAGCGCCAAGGUGCAGCUGUUUGUGAUAACACCCCGAACCGAGCUAAUCGGCGAUCGGCAGCGCUUUGUGAAGGCCGGCAGCAAGGUGGAGCUGCACUGCAUCGUACGAGGCACCCUGGAGGCCCCCAAAUACAUAUUCUGGUACCGUGGCGACCAACAAGUAACUGCCGAAAACGAGGCCAGCGGUGCCCAGAGCGGGUGGUACACGCAGAUAGACAGGAAUAUCUUCGGCAGCACCGAGCACAAUCGAAACACCAUUGGCUCGCUGGUCAUCCCGCUGGUGCGCAAGGUUCACUCCGGCAACUACACGUGUGAACCGGAGAACAGUGCGGCUGUUUCCAUGCAAUUGCACGUCCUGAGCGGGGAAUACUCCGCCUCUGCCAUAAAGUCGACAGCUAGCAACCUCCAUAGACUGGGCCACGGAUACAGUUUGCACCAGUGGCUAAUCUUUCUUCUGGUGGCCCUGAACAAAACAUGAGUGUUUCUGGGGGAAAUCAUGGAGAUCGCUGGAAUUAUUAUCCGAUCGAGAAGUUUCGUCUAAGACAUUAGUUUAAUUUCUAGGUAAAUUGCACUUACACUCAAACGAUGACAUUGUUUAUUCUGCUGACACUUCUUAAAGUCUAAGCCAAACUUUCCGAAUAUAAAUACAUUUUUAUACAAAUUGUAGACUUAACAAUGUUUUCCUUUACUCUAGUUAAUAGAUCUAGUGCUAUAAGAAAUAUCAUAAGCAUCUAAAUCCGAGUAACGGCUAUUUAUUUGUUAUUUGCGUAAAUAAAG